ACCCCAGCGCACCCCCCUUGGAGAUAGAGAAAGAGAGAGAGGGAGGGAUGAAGAAACAGGGAACGAGAGGUCAGGAUUGAAGAGAAAUCCGUGAGAAGGGUCCCUUAUCCUAUCUUCUUGAGGGACCUCGGCCCUCUCCUCCCAUCCCCCUCAGAAGCUCUCCUUCUCUUUCACUGCUUCUCUAUAUAUAGCUGCCAGAGUUAAUCUUGAACAAAGAGAGGUUGGUGCUCAAAAGUGUCCAGAAAAAUAGUGCUUCUGAGGCUCUCCCAUGGCUCCCAAAGCUGGCCGGGGCAGGGGAAAUAAAGGCAAAGGUGAAAAGAAGAAGAAGGAAGAGAAAGUUGUGCCUAAUGUUGUUGAUAUUACUGUGGUCACACCCUAUGAAUCCAAAGUGACACUCAAGGGAAUAUCCACAGACAGGAUACUGGAUGUGAGGAAACUGUUGGCCUCUCACGUAGAAACGUGCCAUCUAACCAAUUAUUCAGUGACACACGUGGGACGGGACCAGCGGUUGAACAAUGGCGUGGAAAUCAUGUCACUGAAACCAUGUGUACUGAGGAUCUUGGAAGACGACUACACGACGGAGGAGCAGGCGGUUGCACACGUGCGAAGGCUCUUGGACAUCAUCGCCUGCACCACCGUCUUCGGCAAGCACAAGGACGGCGGCGGCAAGCCCAAGAAGCAGCAGACCUCCGCCGCCACCGGAGCGAAUGGCAGACCCUUAUCCGGGCCCUCGUCCUCGCCCACCGCCGCCGCCUCCACGGCCUCCACGGCGGCCGCAGAUGGGAAGCCCGCGUCGGCGCCGUCCCCGGACGCCUCGAUCCCAUCGAUCUCGGAGAAGUUCGACAUGGCUGCGAUCCAGCCGCCUCCGAAGCUCGGCGAUUUUUAUGAUUUCUUCUCCUUCUCCCAUCUCUCCUCUCCUAUUCUUUCGGUGAAGAGAAGUGAAGGGAUCGUUGGGGAGCGGAGGGAAGGCGACUACUUUGAAUUAGAGGUUAAGGUCUGUAACGGGAAGUUUCUAAAUGUGAUUUCUUCGGUCAAGGGGUUUUAUGCAACUGGGAAACACGGUAUUCUGUGCCACUCUCUGGUGGAUCUAUUGCAACAGCUUAGCAGUGCAUUCGCAAAUGUCUAUGAGUCCCUGAUGAAAGCCUUUAUAGACCAUAACAAGUUUGGUAAUCUGCCAUAUGGAUUCCGUGCAAAUACAUGGCUUGUCCCUCCUGUUUAUGUUGGGUCACAUUCAAAAUGCCCCUCGCUGCCAACAGAAGAUGAGAACUGGGGAGGGAAUGGAGGUGGGCACGGACGAGAUGAUAAAUAUGUCGGCAGACGAUGGGCAACAGAUUUCUCAGUUUUGGCAAAGAUUCCAUGCAAAACUGAAGAUGAGAGGCUGAUACGAGAUCGGAAGGCCUUUUUACUUCACAGUCUAUUUGUUGACACAGCAAUUCUUAAAGCUGUUUCAGUAAUUCGUCAUCUCAUGGACUCCAACAUAAGCUUGACUGCUUCAAAUGGGAUUCUGCAUGGCUCAAUCAUGCAUGAAGAGCAUAUAGGAGACCUGAGUAUAAUUGUAAAAAGGGAUAUGCCAGAUGCUAGUGUGAAGCUUGAGGAGAAGGUUGAUGGGAGCCAAUUACUUCAGAUGUGCACUAAGGAGGUUUCCUCAAGGAAUCUUCUUAAAGGCUUAACUACUGAUGAGAGUGUGGUUGUUAAAGAUACUGCCACUUUAGGAGUUGUCAUUGUUAAACAUUGUGGUUAUACUGCCACUGUUAAAGUUGCAGGGCAUGUGAAGGACAAAAUUUGUGCAAUAGAGAGUAUUUAUGUAGACGACCAGCCAGAUGGAGGUUCUAAUGCCUUAAACAUUAACAGCUUAAGAAUAUUGCUUCCCAAAUUAAGCAACAUGGAUCCAUCUGUGGGGCAUCAAUAUUCUUCUAGUUCUGAUGACGUAGACGCACGGAUUUUAGCAAGGAGGGUGCUGAGUGAUAGCUUGAUCAAGUUAGAGAAAAUGUCUUCUGCUACUGAGGGACCCAUCAGAUGGGAACUUGGUGCUUGCUGGUUACAACAUUUGCAGAAAAAGGAGACUUCAACAGUUGAGGAGCCAAAGGGCAGUAAGGAAGACAGUAUGGCUGAACCAAUUGUUAAAGGACUUGGAAAGCAGUUUGAACAGUUAAAGAAACUUAAAAAGAAAGCAGAUCCGGUUGGCAAGUCUGAGAAAGAAGAUUUUAUUUCCAGCAGCACGAUUGUAACAGAUAUGGGGAAAUUAACACAGAGUGAAAUGAAUGAGGAAGUCGAGAUCAGGAAACUGCUUUCUGAAGAUGCCUUCAUGCGUUUGAAAGAUUCAGGAACUGGACUUCAUCGGAAGUCACUGGAUGAGCUCACCCAGAUGGCACAAAAAUACUAUGAUGAUGUUGCACUUCCAAAUCUGGUGGCAGAUUUUGCAUCACUUGAGCUUUCUCCAGUUGAUGGACGAACUCUUACGGACUUCAUGCAUACAAGGGGACUUAAAAUACGUUCCUUAGGACAUGUGGUUGAACUUGCUGAGAAGCUACCACAUAUACAGUCGAUUUGUAUUCAUGAGAUGGUUACUCGUUCCUUCAAGUACAUUCUACGAGCUGUUAUUGCUGCAGUGGACAAUAUGUCUGAUCUAUCUUCUGCAAUUGCUGCAACUUUGAACAUCUUGCUAGGGCCCUCAGAAGUAGAAAAUGGUGAUCAGAAUUUGAUUAGUGAGCAUAAUCUCAAAAUGAAGUGGGUGGAGACUUUUAUUCUAAAAAGAUUCUGUUGGAGGCUAAAAGAUGAAUUUCAACAUUUAAGAAAGUUUGUGAUUCUCAGAGGACUUUGCCAUAAGGUUGGGUUGGAGUUGGUCGGUAGAGACUAUGACAUGGAUAGUCCAAACCCAUUUGAGAAAUCUGAUAUUAUCAGCAUAGUUCCUGUGUACAAACAUGUGACCUGCUCAUCUGCAGAUGGGCGGAACUUAUUGGAAUCAUCAAAGACAGCAUUAGAUAAAGGAAAGUUAGAAGAUGCUGUUAGUUAUGGCAUAAAGGCGUUAUCAAAAAUGAUAGCAGUUUGUGGUCCGUACCAUCGGAUGACUGCUACAGCAUACAGUCUACUUGCAGUAGUUCUUUAUCACACUGGAGAUUUUAAUCAGGCAGCCAUAUAUCAGCAGAAGGCUCUAGAUAUCAAUGAGAGGGAGCUUGGUCUUGACCAUCCUGAGACGAUGAAAAGUUAUGGGGAUCUUUCUGUUUUCUACUACCGACUCCAACACAUUGAAUUGGCCUUGAAGUAUGUCAAUCGUGCACUCUAUCUUCUUCACUUCUCAUGUGGACUCUCUCAUCCAAAUUCUGCUGCAACAUAUAUCAAUGUUGCAAUGAUGGAAGAGGGCAUGGGAAAUGUUCAUGUUGCACUUCGCUACCUACUGCUGCUAGCUACCAUGCCAUUGCCAUAGCUCUUUCCAUGAUGGAAGCCUAUUCUCUUAGCGUGCAACAUGAACAAACCACAUUGCAGAUACUUCAGGCCAAACUUGGUUUGGAAGAUCUUCGUACAAAGGAUGCUGCUGCAUGGCUCGAGUAUUUUGAAUCAAAAGCUUUAGAACAGCAGGAGGCUGCUCGUAGAGGCAUCCCAAAGCCUGAUGCAUCUAUUGCAAGUAAAGGUCACCUUAGUGUAUCAGAUCUCCUUGACUACAUAAACCCAGAACAAGAUACAAAAGAAAGAGAUGCACUGCGAAAACAGCGGCGCUUAAAGAACAACAAUAAAUCUAGUCAAGAGCAGUCCAUCCCAGUCACAGAUGAUUCUCACUAUGAUGCAAAAUCCCUGACCAGUCAGGACAGUAUAGAACUCAAGGAGGGGAAGAAAUCUGAAGAACAUCACUUGGAAAGUUUCAAAGAGAAUAAUGGUGUAUUUCAACAUGAGCUGACACAACUGAGUGUGAUGUCACCUGAAGAAUCUUCUGAUGAAGGGUGGCAAGAAGCCAGAGGAAGGUUUGGACAUUCGCACAGAAAAUUUGGCCGCAAGAGACGAGCUCUAACUAAAUUAGUCAUUAACAGCUCAGAGCCUGCAAGUUCUGCAAGUGCCAGUUGUGAAAGAAAAACUGUCUCUUCAGCACCAAAACCCAAUGUGGCAACAUCAAGGGCCCCUCUAACUGAUAUUUCUUCUGGUGGAAAAGUUCUAAUAAGGCCUAUGAGUGUCACUGUUGGAGAAGAUUCCAACAAACUACAGGUAAAGACUCCCUAUACAGAUACCAAUGCAGAACAAAAUACAAAAGCUUCUGUUACUGGUAGGCUUACUACUGUGGCUUCAAAGUUUGUAUCUUACAAAGAAGUAGCAAUAUCACCUCCUGGUACAGUCUUAAAGCCAGCAAUGGAUCCGACAGAAGAAAAAAUAAAAGAGAUGGAUGAUACUCCAGAAAAUGCCAAUCUGGUUGAUGCAUCUGAGGAAGAAGAGAAGUUUGUGGAAGAACCAUUGGAUGAGGAAAUACCAACUGAUGAUAGCAAAAAGGAGGCUCAUUUGAGUGAAUUAGAGCAAUUGAAUGGAGAGGAGAAAAAUCACCACACCAACGGGAAUGAGGACUCGUGUACAUCCAAGGAUGCCACAACAAAUGGAAGCAAGCUCUCAGCUUCAGCUCCUCCAUUCAAGCCAGGCUCGCUGUUGUCCAUGUCUCAUUCAUAUAACUCAAUUGCAAUUUAUGAUGUAAGAGUUGCUCAUCGUACAAUUUCACCUCAGUCUAUGGAAAUCCCCUCACCUCAAUCUAUUCAUACUAGGGUACCUCGUGGCCCAAGAUCAACCCUGUACCACCGAACUGGGCAUUCUUUCUGCAGGAAACAAGGUUACUCAAAGAACCAGAACCCUGUUGUAAGAAGCAAGUCCACCCCUAGCACAAUGAACCCUCAUGCAGCUGAGUUUGUACCUGGUAAAGCUUGGCAACAAGCAAAUCAUGUUAAUGAGGACUCAGAAGCUCAAAAUCCUGUAACUGAAUCAGGCCAGCAAUCAGAUCCUCCAAACAUUACGAAGGAGGAAACUUCUACUGCAGUUCUUUCAGAUGAGAAAACAGAAGUUGAGAAAGUCAUGGAUGAUGGUAGGAGUGGGAAUUGUAAGAGGAAAGACAGCACCCAAAGCGUACAGAAGACUGAGCUGGCAAGACAGAUUCUAUUAAACUUCAUUGUUAAGUCAGUUCGGGAUAGUUUGGACUGUUCAAAGGAAUCUCAAUCUAUUGACAAACCAAAUGAAAAUGAGAGCGGAGUGAAUAUUAAACAUUGUGGUAGUGUAGCUGAAAUGGGGUCUGCUUCUGAAGCCUAUGCUCAGGGCCGGUUGAAGGAAGUAAAGAUGCACAAAAAUAAGGAUGCAGAGGGAUUUACAGUAGUAUCAAAGAGAAGGAAAAGCAAACAGCAUUUCAGCAAUGCAGUAAAUGGUUUGUAUGCUCAGCAGUCAAUCUGCACCUCGGUCAGCUGAAGUGUGGAGAUGAAACAAAGGCAUCAUUAAUAAGUUCUGGGAGAGCAAAAUGAGAGCUCUUGUUACCUAUAUAUGUUGCAGGUAUGAACACUUUUUGCUAGGAGGGUUUCUAAGUUAAGCUGAUAGUUGCUUUACUAAUAAAAUGAGUUUGUCAACAGCAGCCCUCACAUCAUUCGGUGAUCUUUUCAUCCGGUCGCCUACUAGGCCAUGGUCCUUUUGGAGAUUUAUAGUUACCGCAAAGCCCUCAUGAUAUUUCAUGUAUAUUUUUGGAUGUGGUUUACCUGAGAUUUUGGAGCACUCAAAAGUAUUGUAGAAAUUGAGAGGGGUUUAAGUAUCGAGAUUUGGCAUCGUUUAACAAUUCCUCUCUUCAUGC